UCGAACGUGCAGAGAAAAAUAAGCAAGCAAUUUCGAAGUGAGCAAAUAAACUAUCGGUUUUGAGGUGACAGCAGUUAAGAUCAGGAUGGGUGUGAAGAAAUCUGAGUAUGGGCGAUCGUAUGUCAAGUCCCCCCAGAAGUACUUGGCAAAGGAGUUUGAAGGAAAGCUUGACUACCGAACAUUCCGACGCCAGAUGGAGGCACGCCACACACCGUUUGAUUGGGAGAACGGCUCAAAUGGAUUCGAUGAGGAGUUAGACACUAUCAGGAGUAGUCUCUUUGAUGAAGAGUUGAACCCCCAUCCACCCCAGGAACCAGAGCAUAUUAAAAAGUUCAAACUUUACAAACAGAUGCGGGAAACUCCAAAGAAAGUUGAGGAGUCUGACCAAGCCUGCAAGACUCCCCCAAACUCUUUAGAAGUUGAGGAUCCGGAAGUCAUCACAAUGCCUCCCCUUGACGUAGAAGAAACUGAAUCGGAAGACGAAUCUGCUCCUGAUAGCGCUCAUUUGUACAAGAAUGUUGAUGCCGUGCCAAAAGUAGGAAAAGACAAGAGCAGUAAGAAUAAGAAAAAUAGGGCUGUGAAGAAAAAGAAAGAGGUCCGGGAAAAGAAAGGGGAGGAGGUCUGGGCAAAAGAAGAGGCCUGGGAAAAAAAAGAAAAGAAAACUUCAAAGAAGACGCAAACUGAGAAAAUCACAAGACCUGUCCGACCAUCGAAGUAUCGAAAGAUCCCCCGACCAGUAAGCGCCCCAACUGGUCGCCCAGCCCGAAGAUGUCCACCUCCUCCAAUCGAUACCGAGGAGAAGCCACCAUUUGUGCCAUUUGGAGCAGCAGACAAAGAAAGGACGACUGGAACAUUAAAAACGUACAAUAUCAGGGCAUCAGCAGACAUCUACCCCUCUGCACUACAAGCCCAAAGGAGAAAAGAGGCAGAGGUGAAGAGGCGGUCUGAGCGUGUCAAGAGCGCCCCCAUUCGCGAGCGUAGGAAACAAGCUCUGUUCAACGACAUCAUGGACAGAGCAACAGCAUCAUGGGAUACCGAGUACCGAAGGAAUUACGCAGCUUUCGAGCCAAGUGAAUAUGCGAGGAAUGCCGCGGAGAGGACUUGUGGGGGUGAAAGGUUUUAUGUGCCUUUGUAAUUUUUCAAGACAGUCAAUUGAAGUGGGGAGAGGUUGCUUUGGAAAUUAGGACUUCUCUCUGUCGAUAACUGGUUGGGAUCUUCUUGGGGGGGGGGGGGGGUGGAUCAUACGUGUAGAUAAAAGCUACUGUUUUGAGAACAGUUCACGAACUGGCUGGUAACAGUUUGUUAGCUUCUCAAAUGUCCUGCAUGCCGUCAUGUCAUGCCCUGGUGAUUACAAUGCACGAUGUGUACAUCUUUUCAUGGAGAACUGCAAUGUACAAUGAACGAAGGUGUCUUUUUAUUGUGCAGGGAUUUAGUCUGUUUAGACUGCUCCCUCCUGUUUCAUGGUCAUUAAAAAGUGUGAAAUGAAAAAUGCAAGAAUGAAGAAUCUGAUUUGAGGGGUUUUUGUUCUUGUUUCAAAUUUGCAACAGUUUCAAUCAUGAUUUUGAGGAGUAGUACUGGUAUCAAUUAGCAUUUUAAUUUUUAGUUCAGGAAGAAAUAUUUUAUUUGUAUCAUAGUUUGAUAGAUCGUUAGUCAGUUAUUACCAGCUAGAGAAACCAAAUAGCAACUUGUCCUUGAUUUUUUUGCCUUUUUCGAACAGCCAAUGCAAUUUGCAUAGACUGAUGGCGUGUCUUUUUCAUGACUUGUUUUAGAGGUCAUAUUUUCGCAAGGAUAAUGCUUCAUUACUUGGUAUUUUAGUUUCUGGGGCAGCAUCCAAGAAUCUCACUGCCACAUCUGGUGCUCUGCACUGUCUGUUAUGAUUUUUUCACCAUUUUAUUACCUAUAAAAUGAUAGGUCCAGGUGCAUAACUUGAUCAUGCAUAUUGAGCGAGUUGUCGAGUUGCCCUCAUUCUACACCAGCUAGCUACAUUGAGCCAGUGUGUUGAUUCUUAGCUCACACUUUGAAUAUAAAAGAAGGUAAAUACAUAGAAUCAAUGAAAUAUAGAAUAAUGAUACGUGAAUACACAUGAAUCGAAGACAAUGGGUGAUAUGAAUAAAGUCUAGCAAUUGCUUUUACUUCAGUUUUGUACAGAAAGGCCGAGUGUAAAUGUACAUGGAGUUUUAGAUAAAAGCAUUUGCUUGUCUUUAUACAUAUCACCCAUUGUAUGUAGGAUUAUCACAUUGUUGUGCCUUGACCACCUUGUGUACAUAAAAGCAUAUGUAUAUGUGUAUUUUAUAAGAGAAAAAU